AUGAGCCGGCCGUAUGACUCGAUGGAGCCAAAAGUAAUGGACGAUAACAUGCUCAAGGCAGCUGUUGGGGAGCAAGGGCCCCAGGAGGAGGCUGGGCAGCUAGCCAAGCAGGAGGGCAUCCUCUUCAAAGAUGUCCUGUCCCUGCAGCUGGAUUUCCAGAAUAUCCUCCGAAUAGAUAACCUCUGGCAGUUUGAGAACCUGCAGAAGCUACAGCUGAACAACAACAUCAUUGAGCGGAUCGAGGGUCUGGAAAACCUCACACACCUGGUCUGGCUGGAUUUGUCCUUUAACAACAUCGAGGCCAUUGAGGGCCUGGAUACCUUGGUCAACCUAGAGGACCUGAGCUUGUCCAAUAACCGGAUCACCAAGAUGGACUCUCUAGAUGCCCUGGUGAAGUUGCAGGUGCUAUCACUGGGCAACAAUCAGAUUAGCAACAUGAUGAAUAUCAUCUACCUGCGCCGGUUCCCAUGUCUGCGAACACUCAGUCUCUCUGGGAAUCCCAUUUCUGAGGCAGAGGAAUACAAGAUGUUCAUUUAUGCCUAUCUUCCUGACCUCGUGUACCUGGACUUCCGGCGCAUUGAUGAGCAGGCGAGAGAGAUGGCGAAGAUGAAACAUCAGUACAGCAUUGACGAGCUGAAGCACCGGGAGGCACAGAUGCAGCUCAAACUGGAGGAGGAGCAGGCCAAGCAGGAGAAGCUGGCAGAACACAAGAUGGCGUUUGUUGAGCACCUGAAUGGCCCCUUCCUGUUUGACAGCAUGUAUUCCGAGGAUAUCGAGGGCAACAAGCUGUCCCACCUGCCUGGUGUUGGUGAGCUCCUUGAAGCCUACAAGGACAAAUUUGUCAUCAUCUGCCUGAACAUUUUCGAAUAUGGCCUGAAUCAGCAAGAAAAGAGAAAGCUAGAGUUAGACACUUUCAAUGAGUGCAUACAGGAGGCCAUCCAGGAAAACCAGGACCAGGGAAAGCUCAAGGUUGCCAAGUUUGAGGAAAAGCACUUGCUGAACUUAAAUGCCAUCCGGGAAGAGAAUGAUCUGCCCAACAUUGAGAAGAAGCUGACAGAGUGCACUGAGAGCAUCACUGAGCUGUUCAACACACUCAUGAUACUGGAGAUGCAGCUGGUGGAGCAGCUGGAGGAGACCAUAAACGUAUUUGAAAGAAACAUCACUGACUUGGUGGGACUAUUUAUUGAAAAUGUCCAAAGUCUGAUCGCUCAGUGCCGGGACUUGGAAAACCAUCACCAUGAGAAGCUCCUGGAGAUCGCCAUCAACACCCUGGAGAAGAUCCUCAAGGGUGAGAUGGAUGAGGACUUACCCGAUGAUGUGCGGGCGCUUUUUGUUGACAAAGAUACAAUUGUUAAUGCUGUUGGGGCAUCACAUGACAUCCACCUCCUGAAGAUUGACAACCGAGAAGAUGAGCUGGUGACUGGAAUCAACUCUUGGUGUGCACAUCUAGUAGACAAGAUUCACAAAGAUGAGAUCAUGAGGAACCGUAAGCGAGUGAAGGAGAUCAAUCAAUUCGUCGACCACAUGCAGAGUGAACUGGACAACCUGGAAUGUGGAGACAUUAUAGACUAGGUGUCAGCCAGAGAUCGCCUCUAGAGCAUGGAUUUCCCCGAGAGACCUGGGAUUUCUUUCAUUCACCCCUAUCUCAA